ACCUUAAAAAAAAAGGGAAAAGAAAAGAAAAAUACGCACUACCAAGCUCGUUUCAUCACUCUACACUCCUAGGAUUGCAGCGAAUCCAUUUCCGUGUCUCCCCACGCCCACUCCGAUCCAAUGCCAGGCACUUCAACUUCCGGCGGCCGCACCAACGUCCGAGUGGUGGUCGUCGGAGACCGCGCAACCGGCAAGUCCAGCCUCAUCGCCGCCGCCGCUUCUGAGUCAUUCCCUGAAGAUCUCCCGCCGGUGCUUCCUCCCACUCGCCUCCCCGCGGAUCUCUAUCCGGAGAACGUUCCCGUCACAAUCAUUGAUACAUCAUCCAGUUUGGAGAGCAGAGGUAAGCUCGCCGAAGAAUUGAAGCGGGCGGAUUCAGUAGUGUUGACCUAUGCCUGCGAUCAACCUGCCACUCUGAAUCGCUUAAGCACUUUCUGGCUUCACGAAUUUCGUCGGCUGGAGAUCAAGGCACCAGUCGUUGUUGUUGGAUGCAAGCUAGAUAAGCGAGAUGAGGAGCAUCAUAUGAAUCUAGAGCAGGCGAUGGCUCCUAUCAUGCAGCAGUUUCGGGAGAUUGAGACUUGCAUAGAAUGCUCUGCAGCUAAUUUGGUUCAGGUACCUGAAGUAUUCUAUUAUGCACAAAAGGCAGUACUUCAUCCAACAGCUCCACUCUUUGAUCAUGAAAUCCAGGCUCUUAAACCUCGUUGUGUGAGGGCUUUAAAAAGGAUAUUUAGCCUUUGUGAUCAUGAUGAGGAUGGUGCUCUCAAUGAUGAAGAGCUUAAUGACUUUCAGGUCAAAUGUUUCAAUGCAGCGCUUCAGCCAGCUGAAAUAGUAGGAGUUAAACGGGUAGUACAGGAGAAGCUACCAGCAGGUGUCAAUGACCUUGGGCUUACUUUGACUGGGUUUCUUUUCCUUCAUGCUCUUUUUAUAGAAAAAGGUCGACUUGAGACAACCUGGACUGUCUUAAGGAAAUUUGGGUAUAAUGAUGAAAUUAAACUGAGGGAUGAUUAUUUGUCUAUUCCAUUCAAAAAGGCUCUAGAUCAGAGCAUGGAAUUGACUAGUGAAGCUGUUGAGUUCUUGAAGGGGAUCUUUAGUACAUUUGAUGAUGAUAAAGAUGGAGUUCUUCGAAAUUCUGAGCUUGACGAUCUAUUUUCUACUGCACCAGAAAGUCCCUGGGAAGAAACUCCCUACAAGGAGGCAGUUGAAAGAACUCCAUUAGGGGGUUUAUCACUUUCUGCAUUCUUGUCUGAGUGGGCUCUUAUGACAUUACUGGAGCCAUCACAAAGUUUGGCGAACUUAACAUAUAUCGGGUAUAACUGUGAUUCAGCAUCUGCACUCUGUGUUACUAGGCGCAGAUCAGUAGACCGUAAAAAACAGCAGUCAGAUAGAAAUGUUUAUCAAUGCUUUGUGUUUGGACCUAAAUAUGCUGGAAAGUCUUCUUUACUGAAGUCAUUUUUGGGAAGGCCCUUCACUGAUGAUUAUGUACCUACGAGUGAAGAGCGGUAUGUUGUCAACGCUGUUGACUGUCCUGGGGGUAUUAAGAAAACGCUUGUCCUUCGGGAGAUUCCAGAAGAUGGAAUCAAAAAAUUAUUAUCUACUAAGGAGUCUUUGGCAAGUUGUGACAUAGCAGUGUUUGUAUAUGACAGCUCAGAUGAAUAUUCUCUAAAAAGAACUUCAGAAUUGCUAAUGGACGUAGCAAGGCAAGGGGAAGUUACUGGUUUAAGUGUGCCUUGUCUGUUUAUUGCUGCAAAGGAUGAUUUAGAUACAUAUCCAAUGGCAAUAAAAGAUUCUACAAAGAUAUUCCAGUAUUUUGGGAUUGAUUCACCUAUUCACAUUAGUGUGAAGGAGAGGGAUCUGAACAGUGUGUUCAGUCGAAUUGUGAAUGCCGCCGAACACCCUCAUUUGAGCGUCCCCGAAACUGAAGUUGGUCGCAACCAGAAGCGGUAUCGCCAGCUUAUCAAUCGCUCUCUGAUGGUCGCCUCAGUUGCGGCUGCUAUAGGUGUAGUUGGAAUGGCCGCAUAUCGCUCUUACAUUGCAAGAAAGAACACCUCCGGUUAGGUAACAUCCUUUAUCAAAUGGUCAAUAACAAUGGUUGCUCUGCAAUUGAUAGUCUUCUACACCUUCUCUGUAUAUACCAAUUUUGUCUUGGACAAGGUUAAACUUUGAAUUUUGCUUGAAAUUUGAUUCAUAGCAUGUAUUUCCACCUGUAUUAUUUUAUUUUUUUGGGUAAAUCUGAUGGUAUGGUGGGAUUCAAGCACACAGAGUUACACUUUGAGCCCCAUUUUUGUUGUAAUAAUCUCCACUUCCUGUAGAAAACACUCUAUUUUCUACAGUAAA